AUGGGGGAUAUCGAGGUCAAAAUAAAGUCCAUUAAUGAAAAAAUAAAAAAGGAAGAGCAAAUGCGGCAGGCGGCCGAGAGGGUCAUGUCUCAGACCGGGAACCCUCUGGUGAAAACUCAGUGUGAACAAAAUAUUAAUGACGCCAAGAGGCAUAUCGAUUAUUUGCAAAAGGAAUUGGAAAAACUGCAAAUAAGGCAACGUAACAGCUUACAAUAUCCCAUAAGUUCUGGUCAACAGACGCCUCAACAAACUUCACCGGCUGAAGGUUAUCCGCCGCCGCAAUAUCAGCAUUCCUUAUCUUAUCCACCUCCGCCCGGUUCCCAAGGAGACUCUCCAAUGUCACGGGCUGUUCCCAUGAACCAAGAGGACGAUCCAUCGAUACAGGUCACCCGCAAAGGCGCCAAUAUGUCAAAUUUGGGUGGGAUUUCGCGGCGAUUCUCUGUUUCUGAUGACCUUGAAUUCAAUUACCUUAUUAAAUCAGACUCUCCUAUUACCAGCCAAAAAAUAUCUCUCAAACUUCACGAAUUGGAAUUUAAACUUCAUGUUGAACGGAAACUCAAAGAAGGCUCAGAAAAAAUGACCGACGCGGUUUUAUUACAAGAUCCAAAGAAUAAAAGAAGCAUUGCCGAGGUCCAGAUUAAAACAUGGGAGAGCAAAGAAAAUUUUCUGGUGGUGGAUACGAAUUUGGUUGAAAGAAGUCAUAAUUGGAAUAUG